GCGCCGGAAUGAUGCGUCCCAACCGCGGCUUCAUCCUGCUGCUGCUGAACGGCACCGCUUGUUUGGUGGCCUUGGGUCAAGAAGAAGACUCGUCCAGCCCCAAGAGUUCUUCAGACGACUCCUCCUCUUCCAAGACGGUGGGCCUCCUGAGCGGGCAGACUCCCCUCUCGCCUCUGAGUCGCUGGAUGCUCCACAGUAAAAGCCGAGCCGCCAACGCCACCUCCCUGGAACUGCCCUACCGCUCCCCGGUCCCCUUCGCCAAGCAGGAGUUUUCUAAACAGGAGUUCUGGGAGAUGUUGGGCAGCGACCUUCUGAAGCCCGACGCCUCGAGCUCUAGGGUCAAACGCCGGCCCAUCGUCAAAACCGGCAAGUUCAAGAAGAUGUUCGGCUGGGGAGACUUCUACUCCAACAUCAAGACGGUGCGGCUUAACCUGCUGAUCACCGGCAAGAUCGUGGACCACGGUAAUGGCACGUUCAGCGUCUACUUCCGCCACAACUCCACAGGCCAGGGCAACAUCUCGGUCAGCCUGGUGCCUCCCGUCAAAGCGGUGGAGUUCGACCUGGAGCGCCAGAGCGUAGUCUACCCCAAGGACUCCAAGAUCUUCAACUGCCGCGUGGACUAUGAGAAGGUGGAUCGCAGCAAGCGCACCUCGCUGUGCAACUACGACCCGUCCAAGACCUGCUUCCAGGAGCAGAUCCAGAGCCACGUGUCUUGGAUUUGCUCCAAGCCUUUCAAAGUCAUCUGUAUCUACAUUUCUUUCUACAGUACGGACUACCGCCUGGUCCAGAAGGUUUGCCCGGACUAUAACUACCAUAACGAGAUGCCCUACCUGCCUUCGGGCUAG